AUGGAUGGAGGAAGCUCCAUCAACAUCCUAUACUACGAGACCUUCCGGCGUCUCGGCUUGCCUGACUCACGCCUCGAGAACACCAGCGUCACAUUCUACGACAUCAUCCCGGGGCGGAAGGCCUUCCCAAUCGGCAAGGUCACACUGCCGGUAACCUUCGGCACACCCGUGAACUACCGCACCGAGCGGAUAACAUUCAAUGUGGUCAACUUCCGCAGCCUGUACCACUGCAUCCUCGGUCGCCAAGCGUUUGCCAGAUUCAUGGCUACGCCUCAUUACGCCUACAACAUGAUGAAGAUGCCUGGGCCUCGCGGCGUCAUCACCUUCCACGACGACCCAGAGAAGGCCGUGGAAUGCGAGAACAAUGGCGCCAAGCUCGCCGACGCCGUCAUCGCCGAGGAACGCGACAACACCGUCGAGCUCGCCAAGUACCAAGUCGACCGCAACGACCCCGCCAUCCUCGAGAAGCCUACCGAGCUCGACUCGCCCGCAGCAACCUUCAAGCCUACUACCGAUACUCGCCAAGUAGAUCUGAUAGAGAACGACUCGAGUAGGCAGGUUACCAUUGGGAUGGGCCUGUCCGCCCAGUAG